UUAAAAAGAAAAAAAAAAAACCCCCCAAGCAGCAGCAUCUAGUGUAAUUGAUCUCAACCGUCCGAUCAUCCAUCUUGCCUUCACCGUUCACCAAUCUCUCUCUCUCUCUCUCUCGUUUUCUUUUUGCUGUUUCUCGCUCCUCUCUCUCUGGAUCUCGCCGGCGAGCCGUUCUCUUGGGUCUAACAGUAGCAAAUUUCAAGCUGUAGCAUAUUAGCAUCUCAGAAAUCGCUGAAUUAGCUGUUGGAUCAAACCGUCUCCUUCAUCGUAUUGAUCUGCGGAUCGGGGUUUUAAGGGUUCCAUCUUCUUAUUUCAUCUGUAAAUGGGCUGCUUCCACUCCAAGGCAGCAAGAGAAUUCCGAGGACACGAAGACCCUGUUAAGCUUGCCUCUGAAACAGCUUUUAGUGUGAGUGAGGUUGAAGCAUUGUUUGAGCUUUUCAAGAGCAUAAGCAGUUCGGUUGUUGAUGAUGGUUUGAUAAACAAGGAGGAGUUUCAACUUGCCUUGUUCAAGAGCCGGAAGAGGGAGAAUAUAUUUGCUAAUAGGAUCUUUGAUAUGUUUGAUGUUAAACGAAAAGGAGUCAUCGAUUUUGGGGACUUUGUAAGAUCACUCAAUGUUUUCCACCCCAAUGCUUCUCUAGAGGACAAAAUAGAUUUUACGUUUAGGCUUUACGACAUGGACUGUACCGGUUACAUUGAACGCCAAGAGGUCAAGCAAAUGUUGAUUGCCCUUCUCUGCGAAUCCGAAAUGAAAUUGGCUGAUGAAACCAUAGAGAUCAUACUCGAUAAGACAUUUGAAGAUGCAGACGUGAACCAAGAUGGAAAGAUUGAUAAACUAGAGUGGAGUGAUUUCGUAAAUAAAAACCCAUCAUUGCUUAAGAUCAUGACUCUUCCAUAUCUCAGGGAUAUAACGACAACGUUUCCGAGUUUUGUCUUCCAUUCAGAAGUCGACGAGAUUGCCACCUGAAGGAAUCAAUCUUGGUUUAAACCGAAACGUACAAGUUGGAAGCACAAUUCUUGAGCUUAUGGGUGUGUCAUCAACAUGUGUUUGUAGACAGUAGUAGUAGUAGUAGCUUUCUUGAAAUUGUUUCUUUUACCUGGAAUUUUUAUCAUUCUGGGUUCCUUUUUUCAUUCUUCUCAGAUACAGUUUUGAAAUCCUGGGUUUUAGCUAUAAAGAAAAAGAAAAUGAUCUUAAUUUACCAUUCGAUUUAUGUCAUAUAGUUAGGAAAAUGUUAAUGAGUCUGUAGUCUGUACAUAACACAAUCAUACAUUUUUUUUGUUUCUUAUUGAUUAAAUUGUAAAGUGAAA